UUUUUUAUAAUGUAUAAACAUUUUAUUUAACACUUUUAACUGUCAACAUAUUUUAUUUUUCAUAAAAUUUUUCUGCCUUUAUUAUUGACACGCAUCACGCUUUUACUCUUUUAAAUUAUAUAGCUUUGGAAUCAAUUGUUCACUAUUGUUUUCAAAUCCAAAGCAUUAGAAAUCAUCAUAACCCAAGCCGCGAUUUCAUUGGCGCAGGACUCCACAGGUACUUUAAAAUAGGAAUUACAGUACGAAGACAUAAUAUCAUAUUGUGUUAUUAUUUUUACCGGUCAUUAUGUCCGAAGCGCCACAGCCACAAGAUUUGUUCAGCUUACCGUACGAGCUACUCGAAAUGUUUAGGACAAUUAAGCUCGAUUACACUAAUAUUUCUCAAGAGAAACUUUUCAACAGAUACCGGACAAUGUGCUCACAUCUGAUAGUUGUAAAUUAUGUCAAUAUUCCAGAACGAGGUGUAUACUGUGAACAAUGUAUACAAUUUAAAAUGGAACAGGAUGACCAGGUGUGGAAAUACGUCAACACUUCUUUUGUAAUUAAAAACCAAAUAUACACUAGUGAAGAUUCUCGAAUUCUUAUCAAUCUAUACUAUUUGAAAUGUGACGAGUGUAAUCAAUUAUUGGCAAAAUUUGUCCGACCAGUACCGUAGAUACAGUAAAAAUGAACACUAUAGGUAACAAGAACCUACAUUUUUAACACACUAUAUUUUUCGGAAAAAAUAUAUAUAUCAGCUUUAACAUUAUCUUA